AUGGUGACUGAUUCAAUGGAAAUCGGUGGAUUUUUAUCUAGCAUUAUUAAUAUUGAUCAAAUUGGACAAGAUGAUGAGGAAGAUCACCAGCAAAAGGAGUUAAAUAUCAUUUGGAAUGAUCUAAUUGAAAAUUUUGAAACUAAAAUUGUGAAAACAUCAGAAUUAAUUAAAGAUAUUGAAAGUUAUGUCGAUUGGGAGUUGACUACAACUUUCAGUCUUUCUAACAUUGAUGAUAAUUUUAUUAUAAAUGAUUCAAAUAUUCAACAAUGGCUGGAAUUUAUAGUAAAAGGUGAUGAAAAAUUUAAUAGCUUACAAUAUUCCAUUGCUUUGCAAAUUAUAAUUUCUUUAUCAAAUAUUUCUCUAUUCAAUAAACAGAAAUUUGCAUCUUGGGCUAAGUCUUUAAAGGAAUCUCUAUUGGAUACUUUAUUGGAAAAUGAUAAAGAUUUAACUAUUUUAACUUUAUGGAAAAAAAUAUUGUUGGUUAUUUAUUCCAUUGAUUGUACGCCAACUGAUUUAUUGAAUUUGUAUAAAAACUUUGAAGAAAACCAUUUCAUUCCAGAGAUUUUAAAUGAGUUGGCCAAGCAAUCCCAUGAUCAAUUAUCUCAGAGUUAUCUUCAAUUCGAAAAUUAUUAUAAAUCUUAUAAAUUGAAAAGUUUAAAAACAAAAAUUGAAAAUGAUUUAACAUUCCAGAUCUACCUAGAGUUGAAUGAUAUCACCUCAAAUAGAAUUAUGACUAUAGGUCGUUCAUUAUUUCUUGAGGUUACAGAUGGUCAAUUAUGUUUAUCUAACGAUGAAUAUAUAAUUGGAAUGUUCCAGAAUUUUGAGUUCAAGCCAUUAGUUUUCUAUUGCAUUACACUUACUGUAAAUAGCAAUGAUAUUGCACUGUUUGUCAAUGGUCAAUAUGUUAAUACGGUCUCGUUAUUUGAAAAUUUCAUAUUGAGCUUAAGUGUAAUUGAAUUAGGAUCGAUGAUAUGUUCAUUUAGACUAUACAGAUUCCAAUUGUUAAAUGCUGUUCUUUCUGAAUUAGAAGUGAAAGUUCUAUACCAUGUGGGAAGCAAUUAUAAAAUAACAAAGGAGAAUACAGGUCAUGAAAUUUUAGGUAUAAGAAGGGCAUUUGGUGAUUCUUUUUUACAACAGAUAUUCCAAAGCAUAACGGCAAGAGAAAUAAUAUCGCUUACAGAAGGAAUAUCAAAGAUCAGAAAUUUAAAAUCCGAUGCAUUAUUAAUCGAUUUCAAUCCAUACAUUGAAUUGAAUUCCGUCGAUCACAAUAAUUUUCUUUUCCUUGAAAAUAAAGAGCAUGAUUCGAUUGAAAACAGUACAAUUCUAAUCAAAGGAAAUGUUUACUACUAUAAGAGUUCAACAUUGUCUGACAUUUUUGAAACUUUUAACAGCUUCAGAUUUGUCUUAUCGAAACUAGAGGUAUGUGAUGAUUAUAAUAAGUUGUAUGAAUAUGUAUUCCACAUGGUUCAACUUUGGAGCAACUAUCAACUAAGAGUUUGGUUUGAAUCGAAAUUUGGAUAUCAACUCUUAAGUCACAUUUUGACAAAUAAAGUAAUCUACAAGCAUAAAAAAGCAUUGCCAAUUCAAUUCCUAAAUUUAUUUCUAGAGUACUCCGGAUGGGAGUUAUCAGAUAUUACUAAAUCCAUUAUCAAAGAUCAGAGGUCUUACGAAAAUUUAGUGUUAAAUAUAAAUUUAUGGUAUUUGGAUGUAGAAGACAAUGAACAGUUACCAUCAGAAAUAGAAAUUAUUAGGUUUUUAUUUUUUCAAAUUUCAAAUUUAUUGGAAACUUCAAAAUAUAAGCGAUUCAAUUCAAGAGUACUAAUGAGAUCAAAUAUAAUUCAAAAAUUUUGCAAUUAUCAGCACUACCUGACAGUAAAUAUGAUUUCCAAUGAUAUUGUUUCAGAACUAAAUUAUGACUUAGUCAAUGUGUAUGUCACCUUAUUAAAAAACGAUUUCACAAAGCAGAAUGUUCAAUGGUUAUUUAAUUACUCAUAUUAUGAGUUAAAGUGUGGAAAUUAUUCUAAUUGCAAUGUUUUAUUAACAGCAAUUGAUACCCUAAUUCUAGAAACUCUGGACAAUAAUAGGAUGGAUACCCUUCAAGUCUUUAAUGAGUCAUUGUCCAUUAAAUUUCUUCUAAUGGCUAUAGAUGAAAUUGUAACGGUAAAAAAAAGUCCUCUAAUUUUGUUAAAUAUUCUUUUAAAAAUAUUUUCUAUUAAUACAAAUGGUUACCAAAAAUUUCUUGAUAAUUCUGGUAUGAAUUUAUUGCUCGAUAUUUUGAAGGGUGCUAAUGUAGCAGAUUAUGAAGAAAUAGUAUACAUGUUGUACAAAUAUUCAUUGGGGGAAUUUGACUAUACAACUGGUAGCAUUCAAUGUGAAAAUUUUGAUAAGAUCGAAUUGUUGAAUGAGAACAUAGUGAUUAAUAAAUAUCUUCUUAAUUUGUCGGUAUGUCUUCUGGAAUGGUCUGUGAUUAAUGACAUUAGGAGUGGUUUUCAAAUUGAUCUUAAUACAUUUAUUAUUUCCUUUAUGAAUAAGCUAAGUGUUAUGUCAUCAAAUAAAAAGAAUAGUUCUGUCUUUGAUACUAGGAAAAAUAAACUAUUAACAUGUUUGUUGGAUUUACUAGUCACUCUAACGAAGCAUCAAAAUGGUUCGAUUUAUUUGGAAUCUGCUUUAAUAAUUAAACAAUUUCUAGCCGAUAAUAUAAUAUAUCAAGCAAAGUAUUUGAAUACAAAUGAAUUCGGGAAAUACAUUAAUUCUAUUACCGAAAGUGAUGAUUCAUCCAAUUCUUUCAUUAUUUUCUCUGAAGACCAAUAUAUUUAUAUUCAGUUUUUGUUUGUAAAGGAAAUACUACCAGUCAUAACUUCAGAUCUAUCAGGCUUAAAAACUGAGUUAGCCUUUAAAUUCAGGUCAUAUCCAUAUAUGGUUUCAAAUUUAUUAUCUAUAUACAAUUAUUCUAUGGAUAAAUUUGCAACUGUAGAGCUUCCACUUUCAUUUUACCUUUCAACAUUUUCUGUCCUAAUGGAAAGUAUCAAGGCGAUUGAGAUAAGUGAUCAUGAUAUCAUUAAGAAUGUAUCAAAGGCAAACUUAUUGAAUAUUUUUAACCUUAUAACGCUUAGAUUAGUUCAUCUUUUAUUUGUUGAGAAUUUCAGGUUCGAUGAAAAAUCAACUCAGGACUUAUUAAAUGCAAUUGUUAAAAAUGCGCAUAUCCUUUUCAAAUCAAAUAACAGUGUCUUUGAUAAGGAUAUGACCUGGAUAUUGAUGUUAUUUUUAAUCUCAGAGUCAAGUUGUUCUACCUCUGGUGAAGCUAUGUUAGCCUGUUUAAGAAAUAUUUUAAUUUACAAUAAGUCAAAUCAGAAAUACAUAUCAGAAGUGAUGAAUAUACAAGGGAAAAUUGAAUUGUCAAGUUUGAUUGAAUCUUUGGAAACAUCAAAUUCAAAUGAGACAUUAGCUUUAAUUGAAAAAAGUAAAAGACAUAUAGUAAAUUUGGAUCAAAGGGAUAAGCUGAUAAAUUAUAUAACAAAACGGUUAGAGAACGGAAUGAGUAUAGGGAAGUUCAACUCAUUCGAUGAAAUAAGUAUUGAAGAAUUGAAACAGUUGCGUAUGGAUAGAGAUGAUAGUAAAAUUGAAAAGAUUCAUGGACUAUUUAGAAAUGACAAUUAUGAGAUCAGCAACAAAGUAUAUAAACUUGGAAACAAACAAUUUUCCAAUUUUAUUACAGAUAUUGAAGAGGAAAAUUUGAUUUUUGAUAAUGAAUACGAAUAUCUAACUUUUCAAAAUAAUCAAAUUCUCUCCCUGCAAUUGAAUCAAAAUAUAUCACUUGAAUGGACUGUGCAGCCUGUUGAAGACUUCGAAAGAUCUAGAAGAAAGCUGUUGCCUUCACAAUUGAGAAAGUGUAUAGGAGAGAGUAGUAUAAAGGAUGAUUCAUCAGUACCAGAUGAACAGCUUAACAAUUCUAAGAAAGGUAUAGGAGCUAGUAGCAUGUUAUCAUAUGAUUUAAUGUCAGAUUUAGAUCUCUCUGGUCUAUCAGAUGCUGAUAAUUCGGAUGAAAACAGAAAAGUAUUAAAACUUUUGAAAGAAAACGAUUUAAUCAAGAAAAUUUGGAACUGUAGCCGCAUUGUUGGUUUAGACAUAAAAGAGGGAGUUUUGAUACUUGGAGAAAAUUACCUGUAUUUUGUUGAUAACUAUUAUUUUUCUAAAGAUGGUAAAAAAGUAGUUAAUUUAUCAGAUGUUCCACUGCAUUUAAGAGAUACUAAUAUGACAUUAAUUGGUGGAGAUAUAUCAAAGUCUAGAUUCUCCAACGUGGAACACAAGGUUUUCAACUGGGAUUUGACACAGAUAACACAUGUCACUAAAAGACCUUUUUUAUUGAGAGAUAUUGCAAUGGAAGUUUUAUUUAGUAGAGGUUCAAACUUUUUAUUUUCCUUUAAUACUAAAUCAAUAAGAGAGAAUGUGUAUCUUCAAUUGUCGAAGGUCUCGAAUAACUCAAAUAUUGACCCCUUAUUGGAUUGUACAUUAGUAGAACUGAACUCAAGAAGCCACGGCAUAUCUCUGAUGAAUGGUAUUUCAAAGGCAAGCCUUAAAACUAAAUUUCUUAAUGCUUUAUCUUCUUCUUCUAAUUUUGAUGAAUACGAAGCUACAAAAUUGUGGCAGAAUGGUGAAAUAUCCAAUUUCUGUUAUCUAAUGAUAUUAAAUACGUUAGCAGGUCGUACUUUUAAUGAUUUGACACAGUAUCCUGUUUUUCCUUGGAUUAUAGCAGACCAAGAAAGUGAAUUUUUGGAUUUAGCUAAUCCGAAAACAUUUAGAGAUCUAUCCAAACCAAUGGGCGGUCAAACCACCAAGAGGGCAGAACAAUUUAAGGAAAGAUAUGAAUCACUUUGUCAGUUUGAUGAACAACCAACUCCUCCCUUUCAUUAUGGUACGCAUUAUUCAUCGGCUAUGAUCGUUUCAUCAUAUCUAAUAAGAUUAAAACCAUUUGUGGAUUCAUUUUUACUUUUACAAGAUGGAAGAUUCGGCCAUGCUGACAGAUUGUUUUCAUCUAUACCAAGAGCAUGGAAGUCUUCUGCAGUUGAAAGUACAACGGAUGUUAGAGAACUAAUUCCUGAGUUUUUCUUUUUACCAGAAUUUCUAAUUAAUACAAACCAUUAUGAUUUUGGCAAAGAUCAAAAUGGAAAUACCGUUAGUAAUGUUAAAUUGCCAUUAUGGGCAAAUGGUGAUCCACUUAUAUAUAUCGCCAAAAAUAGAGAAGCAUUGGAAACUGAAUAUGUGUCCGAACACUUGCAUGAGUGGAUUGAUUUGAUAUUUGGUUAUAAGCAAAAGGGAGAAAAAUCUGUUGAUUCUUUGAAUGUUUUUAAUAAUCUUAGUUAUCCUGGAGCUGUUGAUUUGGAAAACAUAAAUGAUGAAAAUGAGAGAAGAGCUAUUACGGCUAUUAUUCAUAAUUUUGGACAAACACCAUUACAGUUGUUUUCUGAACCACAUCCUAGAAGAAAUGUGUUGAAAUAUCAAUCUAUUAAAAAUUGCAUCAAAAAUAUAUGUGAUGAUCCUUAUUGCAUAGAACUCGAACAAUUAUCGAAGAAAUCAAUUGAUUUGAUUUUCUUCACAGAUAAUACUACUUAUAAGGCAGAUUCAAGCAAUGAUGCUGUGAAUUUGAAGUGUAAUUUAGUUAUUAAUUCACGUCAAUUUUUUGAAAUUGAGUUUGAAAAAUUUGGUAUCGAAGUAAGAAAAUUAAAACGGUUGAUCAAAUUUGAUAAUACAAUUGUUAUAUCUGUGGAAUUUGGUGAAGCAAAUAUCAUGGUUACAGGCGAUAAGAAUGGAAUGAUUAAAAUUUGGAAAAUAAAAUCGAAAGAAUUGAAUAAUAGUUCAACAUUUGAAUACGAUUCCCUAGGAUCAAUGCACGGGCAUUUAUUUGGUAUUAAAGAAAUGAAGAUAUACAAUGAAUACCAAGUUCUGGUGUCCUUGGACUACUCAGGAGUAGUAUAUUUAUGGGAUUUAUCUAAUUUCCAAAUUAUUCGUAAACUGGCUGAUCACGUAUCCCAAAUAGCAGUUUCUCAAGUAGACGGGAAUAUAAUUACAGUUAAUGAGGAUAACAAUGUGGCAAUAUAUAAUUUGAAUGGUAUGUUGUAUUGUGAAAGGUUGUUUAAGGGAUCUAAGAUAACAUCAAUAGCAUUUUUUGACUUUUCUUCUAUUAGUUUAGGUAAUUUGAGACAUGCUUACUGGAAAGAAAAGGAGGCAUUUGCCAUUGGAUAUAAUGAUGGGAGUAUUGAUAUGUUUAUAUUGGAAUUAUCUUCUUUAAGUCAAUGGGAUGUUCUAUUGGUUAAAUCCUUGAAAUCUAAAAAUCAGGAUCCAAUUACUUCAUUAAAAUUCCAAUUAAAUGAUUUGAAAUUGAAAAGAGAAGUUGGAAAUGAAAUAAAUAUUCAACUAUUCGCUGGAGAUAAUCGAGGUAAAUUGUAUAAAUGGGGAUCAAAAUAG